UCAAAUGUAUGCAAUGUGUUGCAGGGUGCGGAAGGUUUCAGAAGCAUAUGCAUAGAAACUUUUGACCUGUCUUCUCUUUUAAGUAAACGUACUUCUCGAAGUUUUGACUAUGUCAGGGCACGGCCAUGGCCACGGGGGCGGACACAGUCAUGGUUGUUGCGAGCACGAACACGAACCCGCUGAACGGGGCCUGGAAUAUGGGCUGUAUCGACGCAUUGACUUAGAAAAGCUACAGUGCUUAAAUGAAAGCCGAGACGGAGAUGGCAAACUCGUUUUUAAACCUUGGGAUCAACGCACAGACCGAGAAAAGUUUGUUGAGAGUGAUGCUGAUGAAGAGCUUCUGUUCAACAUACCGUUCACUGGUAGCGUGAAGCUAAAAGGAAUUAUCAUCUCUGGGGAAGAUGAUGAGUCACACCCUGCAGAGAUGAGACUGUUCAAGAACAUACCUCACAUGUCAUUCGAUGAUACAAGCAGAGAGCCAGACCAAGCGUUCCGUCUAAACAGAGACCCACUGGCUGAUUUGGAGUACCCAACAAAGAUUGCUCGUUUUUCGAAUGUCCAACACCUGUCCAUUCAUGUGUCACGGAACUUUGGGGCGGAAUCCACACGAGUAUAUUACAUUGGGCUACGUGGAGAAUACACAGAGGCUCACAGGCAUGAGGUGACAAUCUGCAACUACGAGGCUGCGGCAAACCCAGCUGAUCACAAAGUGGAGACCAUCACUCCACAGACCCACUUUAUCUCAUGACAAAUGGGAGAGAGGUGGGAGGAGACACGGGCUGCUCUGCAGUUUAAAUGAGAAGUGAGCCAAGAAAUCUUUGAGGUUUCACUGCAUCAAGGUGACACGAAGAGUGAGAAAGAAAAAAAAAAAAACCCCAAAAUGGAUCGAAAGUCCAGAAAGUUGUAUGGCGUGUUGAUGAAGUUUAUCGGGAUUUUUGUCCAGCUGUAACACUUAAUGUAUGACAAUAAAAGUGUGGA